AUGGCGCAAUCGGACUCGGACUACUGGAUCGGACUCACGGUGAAUUUGAGGAAUACAUACUUCUUUUUGUUUCCUUUGCAGUUCUUCCAGAUCUUCGAGUUGUUCAUUGGGUAUACAAAUGUGAGUGCAAAGAACUUCCAGAAUCAGAAGGCUCUGGAAAUCUUCCAAGAUCAAGGUGGCGAUCAAGAUCUUACAAAGAGGUUACGCCGUCUAGAACGUCAUGCAAGAUGUGCAACUCCCCACCUCUCUCUAUCACAGUUUUUUAGCGCACAACUAACUGUUUAUGAGAAGUGCAAAAUGCUUUUGGGCAUCCGAAAUGAAUCCGCUCGCAACAUAAUUCUUACAAUAUCUACGUUAGUUGCGACUGCCAGUUACCAAGCCGCGCUCACUCGUCCAGGAGGAUACUGGCAGGAUAACUCUACAGAUCCUCCGGCCAAUUCCACUGUCGUUAGCGCCAAUACCAGCAGCAAUGCUACUGGCAAACCCCAUCACGUCGGAAACAUGACCAUGAACGGUCUGACGCUAUAUCUAUUCACGAUCCUCAACGGCACGGUUUUUUGGGCCUCUAUGUGCACAAUCUGGGCCACCGCUAGCACACUGUUGCCCGGCACUCUCAUGGUUUACUUCUCUGUAUCCAUCUUCGGCAUGGCCUUCCUUGUGACCUUUGGAGCCGAAUUCCCGAAAUCCCAGGAGGCUGGAGGAGAUUUGGUAGCGAUAUUUUAUUUUUUUCUGAUGGUGGCCGUGUUGGGUCUCCCCUUAUACGUGAGGAAAAUUUACAUUGGAGUUGUAAACCGAAUCGAUGCCACAAGGAGGCACCCAGGCAACAUCCUAGGAAUGUAG